AUGAACGAUCUGUGCACCCCCGCUUCAACUUCCUCAGAGUUUCAUCGUCCCUCAGAGACACAGCUUGAGGCUGAAGAACGAGGACGAGUUAUCAUGGAGAAGGCCAUGACAAGGCUAAAUCUCGAUGAUCCUAUCACCAAUACCUCAGAAGCCUACCAUACAUUACCUUCAAUCACGAACCAUCUUGGCAUUGAACCUGUGUUUCAAGUGCUUCCCGUCUGCCCUGAAUGCAUGGAGGUCUACCUGGCAUCGACGACACACGAUCAAGCUUGCAUACGUUGUCACUCAUCCAUCUUCAAGUUCACCCAGAGUCGUGAUUCCUGCUCAGCUGCGGCUGGCAGCGAGAAGAGCAGAGCAUGGCUUCAGUUCCCUAUGAAAUCAAUCGAGGCACAGCUACAUGACAUAAUUGCAGUGCAGGGAAUGGAGGACAUUCUUGAGGCAUGGAGGGGCAAACCACGACAGCCUGGUGAAUAUAUUGAUAAUUUUGAUGGGGCUAUUUGCCAGGAGCUGAAGGGUCAAGAUGGAUGGCUUUUCUUUGAGAAUCCUCGACUCACAGAUGAUACAGAAUUGCAGAUUGGUCUCACUCUCAGCAUGGAUUGGUUUUCAUAUCUUCGGAGUUUGAUUGUGCCCUCCCACUCCUCAGGGCCUAUGUCAUUUAACAUCAUCAACCUGCCAGAUUGGUUAUGGUAUGUACCAGUUGCUCACAUUGUUAUUCUUCUCAUGCCAUGGUAUAGAUAUCGCACUUCAAAUCUUCUGCUCUCCGGCAUUACCCCAGGUCCCAAGGAGCAGACCAGUGACCAAAUCCAAUGUUUCAUGUGGGUCUUCGUGAAUGAGCUCAUUCAUCUGUACGAGGAUGGUUUUGUGGUUCCAACCGAGAAAUAUCCUGAAGGACGUGAUAUUGGUGUCAUCUGUGACAAACCAGCAGCACAUAAGCUCGGUGGCUUUGGAUCGCAUAGUCAUACCAAUUUUUGUCACCAUUGCUGGAUAUCCUUAUCUGAGAAGCAAACUGCAGCUGCAUUUCAGAGUGAUGCCUGUAAACCACGCUCACAUGAAGAGCAGUUCACCCUAAUGAAAGAGUAUCUAGCACUUCUGAAUGAGACUCAGUGGAAGACUUUUGUUAGUACAUACGCAACACGGUGGUGUGAGCUCGCACGGCUGCCUUACUUUGAUGUUUGCCGCAUGAUUGUCAUUGACCCAAUGCAUAAUCUGCUACUUGGACUUGUUAAGACACAUUUUUACAACAUAUGGAUCCAGCUCAAUGUUCUUCACAAGAAUAAGGAGUUACGACACUUUCAUGAUAUUUUAGUCCAGCUCAACAUUCCAGCCUACCUGGGACGCCUACCUGCUAUGAUGGGUGAACCUGCUGGGGGUUCUCUGACUGCUGAUCAAUGGCUGAUUGCGGCAACAAUAGUGUGUCCCAUCAUUAUUCCACAGAUAUGGAGCAAGUAUUGUCCAGAUCCAGUGGAGGCAGAUAUUGUUCUUGCAUGUCAGAUUGACAAUCUGGCUCAGGAAAUUGAGGACCAAAAGGCUGCUGCUCGCAAAGCUGCUGCUGAGGCUCGGAAAGCAAAAGAUCUUUAUAUUUCAGCACCUGAACCCGAGGAUGCUGAUGACAUUCCUGAUGCUGGUGCGAUAGAAGAUGCAUCAGAUGAUGAAUAUGAGGGUGACCAGGCACAGAAGUGCAUACGACUGGGAGAGAAAGGCCAAGAUCUCCUCUCGGAUUCAAUUUUACCAAACAUUCACCCUCGAGAUCCCGCUAACUUCUUCAAGCUUUCUACUGCAUUACGGCUCAUUCUAGUCCAGAAAACGCGAGACAAAGACAUUGAGGAAGCAGACAGGCUCCUACGAGAUUAUGGUCUAGAGUUGAUACAACUAUACAGCACCAGUGUAAUCAAGCCAAACCAUCACUAUGCCACUCACACUGCAUCUUGUAUGUGUGACUAUGGGCCGCUUCACUGCUUUUGGACGUUUCUCUUUGAGCGGAUUAACAAAGUCCCAAAAUCAUAUAACUCUGGCAAUCAUUCUGGUGGUGAGCUGGAGGUGUCAUUCUUCCAGGAGUUUCAUCGCACUGUACAGCAGUCAUGUGUAAUGAUGCAAGACAGUUACAAUGCUGGGGUCAAGAUGCCCAUUCAUGAGAGCAUUGCAUCCAUGUACAAAGCAACUGCUGACAACUGUGGUACUGUGCAAGCCUUGGUGCAAGAGUCAGAUGAGGUUUAUAAAGAUGGUGACAUCGCUCUACAGAUGAGUCCUCACUCCAGGUCAAUCAAGCUUCCAAUUGAUGUCUAUGACAGUCUACUGCGUCAUCUUCAAGCUCGCUUUCCAGCUUUGCAUUUGCGAUCCUAUUUUGCUCUCGGAGAUGCUACGUCCUUGCCUUUGGACCCUCGUGCUAUUAUCUUUGACUACGCUAUUGUAGCACAGCGGCAUUACUGGAGUCUUUCCCAUGCUAACAGCAAUGCCAAUUCUCUUGUGGCUAUCUGCACGGGAUCCCAACAUAAUGACAUCAGGAUUGGAGAACUUCUUGAUAUUAUAACGCUGCAGCAGAAGGAGCUUGGGGUUCAGUCAUUAGGCCAUGUCCGAUGGCUCAAGCCAGCCAACAUUUCUCUUGAUCAUACUUUCUGGUCAACAAGGUAA